CAUAUAUAAAUUUCUGAUCAUGUUGUAAAUUAUUCAGAGCAUUCCCAGGGUUUUUUACAAGGAGAAUUGGACUUGGAAAGCGACGGACACAGAGUUUGAAGCCAUAUAGCAAAGCAUCUACCAAACCCUGGAAGCCUUUUAGUUUCUAUGCGUACCUGCUCAAUAGAAAUUCAGAGGUAACUCCAGUUUCAUCUGAGGAGUUUGAACUUGCCCAGGCUGGUCUUGGCAAAAGACAUGUCACCAUGUCAAAAGAUAUGUGCCGUGAAGAGGUGAGAUUGGACAAUACAUAUAUAGGUGUGUGUGUGUGUGGGGUAAAGAAAAAAAAUUAAGUGCAAGUAAUGUCUAUAAUUUAAUUGCUCAUGUCUAUACAGCUAUAGUAGCUGAUGUUUUACUAUUUAUCCUUUCAGAUCUUUGGACUAUUUCAAAAUGAAUUUCCAAAGAUGCAGGGGCUGACAGGAGGAUGGCUGCUACACAAGGCUACAGGUAAUAAAAAUAGUAAUAUUGUAACAAUGGCACAAAAUUGUCAUUUGGUAUGCAUAUCAAAUAAAAAAAACCUCUCUAAAACAUACAAAUACCUUGUAUCUUCAGGUGGCCAGGGCAAAAGAAAACUAAUAAUGAUCCCCCCGGAUUCUAAUGGUUACACUGGGACCCAAAUCCGCAAUGUUACAGGGUCAGGAAAAAUGACUCUCUAUAUUGUGCCUUUGCAACACCAGUUUGACCUGACUCCACUACCACCAGAUGCCAUUGAAUUUGAAGGCAUGCCAAAAGCCCAAUGCCAAACCUGCAAAGUAUCAUUUCCUUUCCAAAUUUUGGCCCUUCAUGUAAAGGAAUGCAUGGGGUCUCAAACUUCAGAAGAAGAUACUGAGCCAGGUCAAAGUGAGUCAGAGGUUCUGUGCCAUGGAACAAAGAAAUCUGAUGAAGAGAAGUUGCCAUGUCCUAUCUGUUUCCUGAAAUUUACACCAGAGUUCCUAGAACUCCAUGCAAGCAUGUGCGGAGAAAGAGAAAAGGCAGAGCUCAUAACUGAUGACACAAAUGGCAUGAACCAGGAGAAUGAAGAGGAGCUGAUCAAAAGUGUUGAUGAUGUCUUGGAAACCAUUUGUGGGAGAGUUGAUGCUGAGAAGCGCUUUACCAUUCAGAUCACCAGAACAAACCUCUUUGAAAGAGGUCUUCUGCAAUGGCAGCGACAGAAGAAGAACUCACCCACUUCUACUUUGGAAGUGACCUUCCUUGGAGAGGCUGGGGUAGACACAGGCGCCCUUCGAAAAGAAUUUCUCACUGAAAUGGUGGCUGGGAUUGAGCGUCGAUUCUUUGAGGGACUACAAAAUCAGAAGAGCCCACGGUACUCCCUGAAUGACUUUGACAAUGGUCUUUACAGGACUGUCGGAGAAAUUUUCGCAGUCAGUUUGGCACAAGGUGGCCCAGCCCCUACCUUUUUCAGUCCAUGGACUUACACUUACCUCAGUGGUGGGCAGACAAACCCCACAGUUCUCAACAGCGAUGCUGUGGCCGAUGUCCAGUUAAGAAAUUUAAUUGACCAGGUUGAGCUGUCGACAGAUGAGACACUGCCACAUCUAGCUGAUGAAAUCCUAGUUUGUGGAUAUACUGGAGUUAUCUCCAUUCAUAACAAGCAUUCUAUUGUUCGUGCCAUCAUACUAAGUGCAGUGCUGAGAUUACAUCCCAUGCUAGAUCAAAUUAAGGAAGGCCUGCAGCUAUAUGGUCUCCUCUCAUUGAUGAAGCAGUACCCGGAUGUGUGCCAGUCCUUGUUUGUUGCUGCUGAAGAUGUGAAAGUGACUGCAGAAUUUAUAAUGGCAUCUAUUUCUCCAGUACUGAGUGACAAAGGGACUACCAGGCGUCAGACUGAACUGGAGUUGGUAAACUACAUUCAAGACUUUCUUUAUGAAGGAGCUGAAGAUCAAGAGGAAAUAGAGCCAAGGCACGGCAUUACACCUUCCCGGUUUCUGCAGUGGAUCACAGGCCAAGGUCACAUCCCAAUUCUCCCUUCAGAAAAGAAGGAUUUUGCUGUGAUCGUCAAGUUUAACCAUGACUGUAGUGAAGAACAUGGCCUUCACAGGAUCUGUUAUCCUGUUAUCUCAGCAUGUGCCAAAACUAUUACACUACCUGUAAAGCACAUGAGGUCCUAUGAAAGCUUCAAAAGCGUUCUUACUGAGGCUUUUCAUUUAGGCCAAGAAUUUAACAUUGUGUAACUGAAUUACUGUUGAAUUAGCUGUUCCAUGUGUUUGAAGAAAGACCAAUGUGCCUGAAAUUUGUUGUAAGGCCAGUUUAUUGUAUUACUGUUGAGCAAUUAAGAUGUUAAAUGGUUAAACCCAUUGAAUGUUUCAUU